GAACUCCAGUAGACAUGUACAUGUUUAGCCACAGGGAAUACAGACCACACCCCACCCUCUGGUGGAAAGUUUUUAGAUUGUUAAAAACACCAACAAAAAAAAGAGCACAGAAUUUGAUCGUGAAGCAGAAGGAUUAGUCAAGCAUAACUCAGAUUUCAAGUGUGGCAUGAGAGUGCUGGAUUCUAAGAUGAAGUUUGAAAGGUGCACCAACUGCAACAAUGUUGAGUGUGUGAAGCCAGUAAAGGUUGAGAAGAAGUCUGGGAAAUCAGUGGCCAAAAUAAAAAUUGAAGAUGAUGGAAGCUACUUUCAGGUUAACCAGGACGGAGGAUUACAGAAGCUGGAAAAGGCCAAGAUUACCCUGAACGACUGCUUAGCCUGCAGUGGCUGCAUCACCUCUGCAGAAAGUGUGUUAAUUACACAGCAGAGCCACGAGGAACUCUACAGAGUACUGAAUCUGAAUAAGGCUGGCAGUCAACAGAAGGUUGUUGUGGUUUCAGUGUCGCCACAGUCAAGAGCAUCUCUGGCAGCAAGAUUUAAUCUGAGCAUCACAGAUACAGCCAGGAGACUGACAACUUUCUUCAAAAACCUUGGCGUGCACCAUGUGUUUGACACCACCUUCUCCAGGAACUUCAGCCUCCUUGAGAGCCAGCGAGAGUUUGUGGAGCGCUUUCACAGACAGGCUGAGGACAAGAAAGCACUGCCUUUGUUAGCCUCCUCCUGUCCAGGUUGGAUCUGCUACGCAGAGAAAACUCAUGGUGAUUUUAUCAUUCCAUACAUCAGCACCACCAAGUCCCCUCAGCAGGUCAUGGGCUCCCUGGUCAAGGACUACUUCGCAAACCAGCAGAAUGUGAGCCCAGAGCAGAUCUACCAUUUGACUGUGAUGCCUUGCUAUGAUAAGAAAUUGGAAGCAUCAAGACCAGACUUUACCAUCACAGAGUCCCAAACCAGGGAGGUGGACUGCGUCAUCACUUCUGGGGAGGUAUUGAAGAUGUUGGAACAGGAAAGGCUAUCGCUGGCAGAUGUUGAACCUUCACCAUUAGAUAGCCUGUUCAGCAGCGUGUGUGGAGAGGAGAUUCUCGGGCACUCUGGCAGCAGUUCAGGGGGCUAUUUAGAGCAUGUCUUCAUUCACGCAGCAAGGGAGCUGUUUGGAGAAGAGGUGAAGAAAAUCGCAUACAAGACUCUCAAGAAUCGAGAUUUCCAAGAGGUGACUCUGGAGAAGGACGGUGUCGUGGUGCUUCGCUUCGCUGCUGCCUACGGCUUCCGAAACAUCCAGAACCUGGUGCAGAAACUGAAACGAGGGAAAUCCCAAUACCACUUCGUAGAGGUCAUGGCCUGUCCUUCAGGAUGUCUAAACGGGGGCGGUCAGCUCCGGGCAAGUGAAAGUGAGUCUAAUAAAGAUCUGCUGCAGCGUGUGGAGGAGCUGUACAGAACGGUGCCCGCUGAGGUCCCGGAAGAGAACACUGCUAUCUCAGAACUCUACAACACGUGGCUUGAGAGUGUGGGCUCCGAGAGAGCCCGCAAACUGUUACACACGCAGUACCAUGCUGUCGAGAAGAUGAGCAGCGGCCUGACCAUCAAGUGGUAAAGAACAGCAGGAUUUCACUUGGCAGCUUUAACAGUAUAAAGCUGAGCUCAACAUCUGUCAUCUGUAAAUAAGCUGUUGUGGUUUCACAGUAAGAUCAUGGGAAGAAAACAAGUAUGAUGACAUAUCAACAGUGCUGAUGGUUAGCUUCCAGUCAACCUUGACUGGACUGAAAUGGUAGACAGUGGUGGAGACAGGUAUCCGUGUUUAUUUGUUUUUGUUUUAAAAUGCAAUGCAAUAAAAAUUGUAAUUUUAUUUAAA